GUCUUACUCGCAGGUAUGUGGGGGACGAUGAGGACCAGACGCUUCUUCGGUUGUGCUGCUUCUCCCUUCUUUUUAUUGUUAACUAUUGCAAUGUGUGAGAAAUAACACCAGCUUGAAUAAUUCCGUUUUUGGUGAUCAUUGCGUUUUCCAGGUGGUAUUUCAGUAACUUAUGCCAGCCCUGUUAGGUAGGUCAGUAUUUUCUCAAAAUCAAAGUGAGAUAGUAUGUUGAUUUCUCUAGGUAUGUAUGGAAUAUAAGUCAUUGGUCUUCUUUUGCAGUUUUUGCUGUUGCUAAGACAAUGGAACUGUCUGCAUACAAAAAGCACGACUGAAAUCCAGUCCAAUACUAUCACCGCAAUCCUACUUAGAAAUCUUACUUAGAAAUCCGAGGGAAUAAGGCAGCAAGGCUUCUCCCACUUACCUGGGAGUAAACCCCAUUGAAUUGCAUAGUACUUGCUUCUGAGUAGACAUGGUUAGGAUUGUGUUGCAAGUCCUGUGGAAUGCAGUGGGCUUUACUACUAACUACACAUGCAGAGAAUUACACAGCUAUUAAAUAGUAAAAACAAAAAUGUAGGUUUCAUUUCUGAAAACAUUUAUCUGAGACUCUGAGUAAGUUUAUUGAAAUCACUUGGAUUGGUCUCUGAACAUGUGUCAUAUAGGGUUCUUUUGGGUGUUCAUAGCCAGUGGAGGGAAAGAUGGUGCUCAUCUUGCAAAACCUUAAUCGAUUAUUGUAAUAAUAAAAUGAAUAAAAUGAAUCAACUUACAAGUUAAUUCCUUUUAUAACUGUUUGCAGGAUUGCGCUCAAAGGGAACAAAGUUUUGGCCAAACUUGGGUUGGGUAUAAAUGAAGCUGACAUUUUUAGCAAUAAAAAUAUUAAAUGAAAUUGCUUUAAAGGAUUUAUUGGUGAGGAGACGGGACUAUUUGACAGGUCUGGAGUACCACAUGAGAUUUCUUCCCAGCAAUUGUGCAUUUCUUCAACCCUCGAAAGUGUCCUAUGAAAAGACUGUGUUGUCUUCCCACUUCCUCUCCAGGGACGACUAUGAUAAGGAGAUGAAGGAAGCUAAGGAAAAGGUAAAGAAGAGGCAUACACCAGCCCCAGCCAGGCCCAAGAAACCAGAUCAGCAGGUCUAUCACCCCUGCCGGAGAAGUAGAGCUGAAACCAUAUCUGGCCUGGAGUAUGAGGGAUCCAGUGAAAGCAGCUCCAGUACAGAACCAGACCAGCUCUCUUCUGGACCAGCUCUCUUCUGCCUGGAAUAUGAGGCUGACAGUGGAAAGAUCACUUCCAUUGUUGUACACCAGGACAAUGACCCUGAUGAGGUAGCCGAGAAGGUCAGUGCUCAGAACCAGCUGGAACCGGCUAUGCGCGAGGCCCUGAGGCAGCGGGUGCAGGAGGAGCUGGAGAAGCGGCGGGUGAAGCGCUGAGGGACUCGUCUGGAGGCCUGUGCUGUUUGCUAAUGCUUACCUGGGAAACACUUUCUGGGAAGGGGCCAGUGGGACAUGUCCCAUAGCUGUUGGUUUGAAGCCUUUAAGAGGGGCAGGGAAUUAGCUGAACCCUGGCACAAGGUGGGACUGGCCAUUGUAGCUUCCUCCUCCUGAGAUACAGCUGAGACGCUGCGCCCUGGAUGAGUGAUUUGGAGGAGCAGUAGGAGAAUCUCUUUUGCGAACAGCUUGCGUUCUCUUGGAGACCUACACAGAAAGAAGCAGACCAGUUGAAACUUGGUCAGACGUCUCCUUUAUAGCUCUGGGCAAUUGGCUCAUGACCAAACCUUCUGUCAAACCUUCUGUCUCCCCUCUCUUGGGAUUAGCCAAACUGAUGGCUGUUGUAUCUCUAGGUAUUAGGUGAAUACAGACCAAGGGGGACAUUU